CGGGCUCCUGACACGGCCGGCCCAGGAGGCGGCAGACCGAGCAGCGACUCCGCGCGCGCAGCAGCCCCGCCGCUCCCUGCCCGGGCCAGCAGCACCCAGCGGCCCGUCGCUUUAUUCUCAUCCUCACCUCAGAACCGCCCCCCGCUCCUGCUCCGCCAUGCUGAUCCUCCUGGCCUUCAUCAUCCUCUUCCACAUCAUUUCGGCUGCGCUUCUGUUCAUCUCCACAAUCGAUAACGCCUGGUGGGUGGGGGAUGGCUUCUUCACGGACAUCUGGCACCAGUGCCUCAACGAGACGAACUGUACCGCCCUGGAUAAUUCCCUCCCAGAGUACGCGUCUAUCCAGACCGUCCAAGCCACGAUGGUCCUGUCCACGAUUCUUUGCUGCGUGGCCUUUUUCGUCUUCGUCCUGCAGCUCUUCCGCCUGAAGCAAGGAGAGCGGUUUGUGCUGACCUCCAUCAUCCAGCUCUUGUCCUGCCUCUGCGUGAUGAUUGGGGCCUCCGUCUACACCGACCGGCGUGCGGAGCUGCACCGGGCCCCCCUCUACGGCCGCUUUGAGGUGGAGGGUGGCCGCUUCGGCUACUCCUACAUCCUGGCCUGGGUGGCCUUCGCCUUCACGCUGCUCAGUGGCCUCAUGUACCUCAUCCUGAGGAAGCGCAAAUAAAGCCGCCCCCCGGCCCCCCCCCCCCCCGCGCCCCCCCCGA